AUAAGUUUUUCAUCUUAAAAUAUUAGUGCAUUUGUUCCUAAAGAAUUCUACAAAGAAACGUCUUGCCCUUUUUGCUUUGCCAACGCGGCAUCAUCAUCAUCAGCAGCACUGUUAUACCAAAACAAGAAAUAACUCGUGAGUGGAGUGAAUGUCAAUGCCUUGGGCGUACCUGCAGAGCUUUUAAUUGGUUUAUUUUUUUGCAUUAAACGUCUUGAGGAUGGACAAAAUAGAAAGCGUGAUACAUGACACGCUCAAUGGUCUGGCGAUAAACGACGAUGCAGCCGAUAUCAUAGACUACAGCCUCGCCGAUCAAGUGGACGAGCUUGCUGCUAAAGGAAUAGAGUCCGCCGUGUUACCUGACUACAAACCAGUUGUCAAGAAGUCGGUGACUUACAUCGUCGCUGCAGUCGCCAUCAACGAAAAAGGCGAGGUCCUUAUGAUGCAGGAAGCGAAAAGUUCUUGCGCAGGCACGUGGUACCUGCCUGCUGGACGAAUGGAGCCUGGCGAAAAUAUAAUUGAGGCUGCCAAGCGAGAAGUAAUGGAAGAAACUGGCCUAGAUUUCGAGCCUUCUACACUUCUGAUGGUCGAAACUGCACAAGGCCAGUGGUACAGAUUUGUUUUCAGUGGAACAGUAGUCGGGGGAGAGCUGAAGACGGUGUCGAAGGCAGAUGCAGAAUCACUGCAGGCAGCCUGGGUUGGGGACGUGGAACAGCUAAGUCUGCGCUGCAGAGACAUCUUGCCCGUGAUCGAACGUGCCCGCCUUUACCACAGUACUCAUGCCAGCCAGCCAUGGCACCCACCCAUCUUGCCAGCCCUCAGGCCACAUGCCAAGCUCUGCCUGCGCCUGGUCACCAUCAUUCGCAAGAAGGCCAACAACCUCCUCCAUGUGCUUGUGUCCGAAAAGGGCAUCGCACACCUGCCUACCUGUGAGAUCAACCCGUCUCGGAGCAUUCACACUGCACUCAAACGAUUCAUCCAGAAUAUGUUCAGCUCGGAGCCACCACCUCACAAGCCACUUGGCGUGCUCUCUCUGGAGCAUAAUGGAACUGCAGGGGGAGGAGAACAGGAUGGCAUCUGCGUCUGUGUGCUGGUGUCAUGCAAGGCCUCUGUCGAGGAGGUGGCGCUGACACCUGGAUACACCUGGCUCGAAGUGAGCUCACCACUCUCCGAGAAGCUGCUCACACGCACGGGCCGGAACAUGGCGGUACACCUGAAGGUGCAGUGAAGGCAGGCACGUACGGUGGCAGCGCUUACUUAACGCGAACUGGCACAACUAAUUGUCACUGUCUUUCUGUCUUCUUUUUGAGGCUGCCAUUUGUUUGAGCUCUGAUUGCGCAUCUGCAUUUAGAACUGGAGACACUGCACCGGUGCUGCUGGAGCUUGCAGGUGCAUUGUCCUGCGACUAUGUCGUUUUGCUAAUCUAAAGAGAUAAGUGUCUAUUUUUAUUUUCUUCCAAGCUAUGCGUGGCAGAUCAUUGCUUGCACUGAGGUACCACAACUGCUGCACAGGUAAUAGUAACAUGUGCCAGUGCCUUUAUCUUGUUAUUUCUUUAGCUUUUGUUGCAAGUAUCAUGUGGCAGGAAAGCCAGCAGUGUGGUUUUUAGAAGUGUCCUCUGCUGGGUAUAGGGAAACUCAUAGCAUUAACGUUAAUGGUGCUGGUGAACGGCGGUAAUCGGAGAUUUCUUUCCCUUCCAAUGUACGACUAACCUCAUGGAGUCCUGGCCUGAAGCAUUGUUCUGCUACUCUGGCAUGGUGGACUAGAUCAUGCUAUAAUUGUUAGUAUCAUGUGGAAUGAAAUCCAGCAGUGUUGUUUUUCGAAGUGCCCUGUGCUGGGAAUAGGGAAACUCAUAGCAUUAACGUUAAUGGCGCUGGUGAACGGCAAUAAUCGGAGAUUUCUUUCCAUUCCAAUGCGCGACUAACCUCAUGUAGUCCUGGGCUCAACCAAUGUUCUUUUACUCUGGCAUGGUGGACUAGAUCAUGCAUUAAUUGUUCAUACCACCUGAUAGAUCCAUUGAAGACACAUCACCUGUUCGCAAUUAUGGGCUGGUGUAUUUUGCUGUUGCUCGUUGUUCCUUUGUUAAGUCGCAAACGUAGUGGCCUGCAUUUCCAGACUACAUACAAGAACUCACCCCACCAAUGUUAUCAUUAUGACAAAAGCUUUCUUUUCAUACUUCAGAACUUAGUGUGAACUUGUCUGAUGGAUGUGUGCCAAUCAUGGCAGGAGCAUGUGUACAUUUACAAGGGCAUGUGACAAAAGGGAGGCAUGUCGCCACUUCCUUUGUACUGCAUUACUCUUUCAAAUAGAGAGGCAUUACUCAACCUAACCAUCAUUACCUCACGUAUCCUUGAAUCUCCGGAGUUGCAGCUGAUUGUUAACUGAAGGCGCUGCUCUUGUAUGGUGUGAGACGCACUCUUGCAACUCACUUGUCCUUGUCAGGACAACUGCUUUCCUUGGUAGCAUUUGUGUGAUUUCCUAGGUAAAAACCAGGCAUGCUACAAAUACUAUAGUGGUUCACUACUGUUCCUUGUUUGAAAGGAUGGAUAGACGUAGAGCUUGAAAUUAUUCGGUAGAGCUUGAAAUUAUUCGGUUAGAAAUGUUCACAUGACCUCAUAUACAGUCGAACCCACUUGAUAGGUUUUAAAACUAUAUUGGAUAUAACAAUGAGGAGCUGAUGCACCGUCAACUUUUCUAUAUCUUCUAUGGUUAAAUAAACUGCUUAUUAAAAUGCUCCCAUGUCGCGUUAUUUGUAUUAACAAUUAAAUCUGGCUACUGGGUGUGUAUGCCAAGAGAAAAAAACAAACAAACAAAAAAAUAAACAAAUCCCAGGAAUAAAAAAAAAAAAAGAAAAAAAUGCAAGCUGCUUUGCCACACCAGCCUUUGUGCCACGUACCUCGCACGACACGCCUUUCUCUCCCCUUUUUCUUCCACCCCUCUGACGUCGGCGAGAAGGUGGAAGGGAGAGGGGCGAGAAAGGCGUGCCAUGUGGGGUGCGUGGCACAAAAGCAAGUGUGGAAAAGUGACUUGCCUUUUUUUUCUUUGAGGCAAUGCGAUGAAGGUGUGCCUUGCAUGGUGCAUGGCACCAAGGGGGGUGAGGCAAAGCAGCUCACAUUUUCUUUUUUUUCCCUGGAUUUCGUGUUCCAUUUUGUUUCCAUGCAGACACCCAGUAGCCAGAUUUCAUUGUUAUAGCCAAUAAUGCAGCAUGGGAACAUUGUAGUAAUCGGUUAAUUUUACCACAAAACACACAAAAGUUGACGGUGCAGCAGCUGUUCAUUGUUACAUUCAAGCAUUGUUAAAACCAAUAAUGCUAUAAGUUGGUUCAACUGUACUUCUUUCUGUCUAAUUAAAAUGUUUGAAUGUUUGUCCCUUCUGCUUUUUUUUUGUGCAACCUGGUUAUAACGAUUAUUGGUUAUAACAGUAGGAUUUUUGGUACUCGAAUACUGUUAUAAGUGUGUUCGACUAUAAUGUCAAGCUGAUAUGAUGUUUAUUCACCGUUUGUGCAUGAUUAAUAAACAUGGUGAGAAGACACAUGUUAACACAUGUUAGACAGAAGGCAGAAAACUAGGUGGGGUGGUGAAGUUAGGAAAUUUGCAGGCGCAAGUUGGAAUCGGCUAGCGUAAGACAGGGGUAAUUGGAGAUCGCAGGGAGAGACCUUUGUCAUGCAGUGGACUUAAAUAUAGGCUGAUGAUGGGAAGACACAUGCUGAGCUGAAGUUAUCAUGCUGAGCUCAAGUUCUCUUUACAGAGAACAGCUGUAGAGCAGCAUUGUUUUCUGAUAAAACAUCAAACAAAAAUUGCAAUUUUGGCACCAGCAGUAUUACUACUUCUGUCAUUUACUCUCCUACCUCUUAUCAUGUUCUUUCUAUUCUGUUCGGAGCAAACUGUACAAAAUUUCUUCAUUCUGCACCGAUACAUUGUCAGAAGUAGCCAGAAGGAUAUUACAUCAAGCCAGUCUUCUAGCACUGUUUGCUAGAAUUAUGAUUUCAUUUGAUGUAUUGAAUAUACAUAAGGGGGGGGGGGGGGUUGCCAGAUGAACUGCAAAACAGAGCUUUUAAAAGUUAGGUGGCGAGUUUCUUUCUGAUAUGAAUGUGCAUCAGUGUUCAUUGGAUGUGGAUGAGCAUUUAAUAUUUGCAAGGUGUUAAAUUGUAGCAUUUCAAAGCAAGCAAGUUAUUGCCAUUUUCUGUGUAUUUACUUAAGUGGCACAUUGAGAAUCUCGUUCAUUCAUAUCAUUCUGCAUGAUGCCUAUCAAAGGGAAAUGACCUUAAGCAUAAGCUGUUUCCCCAUUUUGUGCGUUAGGUUGAACACCUUUUAUUAUGUUGUGACAUGUUGUUCCUGUUUUUAUAUUGAAGUUACGUGUGAAACAAUGGAUUCUGUGGUGGCACAUUUUUCAUUACUGCCCUGGAGCUGUUUGGGAACAGGCAACGUAGGUCAGCUUGCUUUUUCUAUAUUUCACAGGGCUAGUGAUUCAUGGAAAGGUUUCUUGGGUGAAUAGUUAGAAAGUCUGCAGAAUUGCAGAUGCAAGAAGUUGCCAAUGUGGGCACUAAUAUGACUUUACAAAAUGUUGGAAAUGCCUUUCAAGCUAGUGAAUACUACACUCCAUAACGUUACUUGCAAAGCCAUGCUCACGUGCUCCUGCAAAACAUUUUUUUUUUCACUAAACACUCAGAAAGAGAGAUGAGCAGCAAUGCAAUACUAAUUGAUGCUAUGGAAGGUAUAGCCAUGAAAAAUUGUGUGCCUUCUUUCCGAACUUAGUUCACAGGAGGAAUACUACUGCUAGGAAGCAUCAAUGUCGGGUUGUGUACAAAGCAUUAGUAGUGAGGCAGAGGAGCUCAGUGAAGCGAAAGGAAAAUGUAGUAGAAGACUAAUGGCUCACCAGGCUGAUGAAGCGUAUUGUCGGUGCAAUAAUGAUGAUGAUUAUCAAAUUAUUUUUAUGUAUGCAUGCGUGAUCAAGUUUAAUCAAUGUGGAAGCCACUCUGAAAUCAUUCCUAAAUUUGCUGAAGCACUACAUGGAUUGUGGUCUCAUUUAUUCUGGCUGCUCUGUGGUAAUAUAGAAAAGAAAGGUAAAAAAUAAAUAAAAAACAUUAAUGACAGGACAUUCCAGUACGUGAUAAUGCUGAUUUUAUUGACCUAAUAUUUUUCUGUAUUUUACUAUUGGGACAAAGAACAUAACUUUGUUUUACUGUUCAUUGUUAAGAGAUGAAACUGUAGAGUAAGAAGCUUUUUGUUUAAUAAUUCAAUUGUAUAAAACCUUGGAUGGUUUUUCAGUGUACUUGGUACAUGCCUAUGAUCUUUUUAUUUGUUGGUUGUGAUGCAUAAAUAGUAAGCUUAUGAAAGCAGUGAUGGAUAAACUAUCUCCAUAAUUGGAUCAUAAGCAAUUGAUAUUGAGGUGGAAAAUUGAGCCAGCUCGGGAAGUUUCAAGGGGAAGCAUUAAUCAAAUGGGACUGGGGUAGCCAACCGGAUCUUAUUCUGGUUAACCUCCCUGCCUGCUGCUUUUCUCUUUCCCCUCCUCCAUGUGUUUUUGUUGUUGUUCACGUGCCCCUCUUCAUCCUAUCUCAUUUGUGCCUUGGCCAUGAAUCAAUGUCAACAUGUAUUUUUUCCCUCUCUUCUUUUUCUUUUUCUGAUGUGUGUGAGAAAAAACACAAAAAAACAAACAAAAAAAGACUGAAUUUAGAGGCAGUACGGGUAGAAAGAACAAAUGGCCUCAGAUUUUACUCAGUGACUUGCAGACAUUAGUUGGAGUGAAAUUAUGCAACUCAGCAUAAUUUAUUCUUUCUGUGUUUUGUAUAAAUGGCGUUGUACUAGCCACCUGUUCCCUCCCAACUCUUUUGUGAGACUGUGUGAAAUAACCUGUGUUGUUACAUGUAACCGGUGACACGAGUUAUCACUUGUCACCUAUAUUUUGGCCGACCUGUAAUUGGGAACAGCACUCUCACAUUAAAGCAGUGUAUAAAUUUCAGAAACAUAACUUCUUGUCACCGUUUAACAAGCAAGACAGAGAAAAAGGCACAUGAAAAUUAUCAAUUGUGCGGCACUCACCUUUUCUCAAUUGAAAGAGCCCUGCAAGAUAUUUCAUGAGAGGUCCGAAAUUUGUCUUGUAUGAAAAGGAUGUCUUUUUACAAAUGGUUUUAUCCAGCGAGAAGUUUCUGAAUACACCUUGUAAUACUUGGAUUUAUUGGCGAUCAGAUCCUGUCCUUGCUGUGCCCUUAUGGCGCCUCUCUACUUGUCGUCGUCCCUAUUGCAAUAAAAACAGAGCCCUGCAUCCACUUGGAACAGUUCCCAUCACGCUUAGCCCAUUAUUGUGCUGAGAUUUUAGAUCGUCAUGACCAGCAAGAUUGUGUGGCAUAACCCUCCAUCAUGGCACCAAUCAAGGAGGCCACAAUAGCGGUGCAUUGGUAUUAUUCUCUGCCACCAGACGGAGCCACUGCCAUGUAAGCAAUGAGAUUUCUCUACUUUUUGCUUUUGCUGGAAUAGCCAGUAGCCAUUGCAUUUACUUAAGCACUUAAGCAAUUUUUGCAAUGUGAGGAAUCGCAAUCAUGUGCAUUCUCACUCAUACUUGCUAAUGUACUUAUCUAGGGACUACAUUUAUUUGCCAUAUUCAGAAAGUGUUGCACGGUUCCUUCUGUUUAUUCCAGAAGCUUUGAUUUGUACUAGUAUUUGCUUUUCAACAUAUCCUGUAAACAGAGCCUAAGGGGUGGCAUUACUAGCAUGAACAUUCACUAGAAGUUUAUCCCUGAUUUAACAAAUUUAAACUAAGAGCAGCUAAGCAAAUCAUACUGCUGAUAAUUUAUCGGUCUUUCCACACUGGUGAUGCACAUACAAUACUCUUAAAAGGCUGCAAUUUUAUCUCAUCUUUUAAAUAUGUCAAGUAUGUUGAAAAAAAAGUAAUUGCUAUUCAUUGCUUGAGAAAAGAACGAGACAUUUUUGUUCCAUUUUGUGUGUAAUUACACCUGUGUGUGCUGUUUUGAGUGCAAGUUGGCUUUGUAUAUGGCUGCCUGUAUCUUAAUUUUUAUUUUUCUGCAGUGUUACGUAUUAGACUAUAUCUUUUGCUUUGGCAUUGUCUUUUUGAUGUCAGUUUUUUUCUCCUCAAUUAUGUCGAGUAUAUGUCCAUCGCAUCACACUGAUAUUCACAUUCUGAGUUUGGUAUUCUUAGCUGCUUCGCUGUGGUGAUGGUGGUUUUAAAUUACAGGCGUUUAGGUUCUGUAGCGAGUGUUCUUUGUCAUCUUAUGUUGUCAAGCAGUUACACCAGCGAAUUUUUUUUUUUUACUUCACUAACAUGAAUUUUACGAAGAGAAUUCUUCAGGUUCCAUUUUCAUUUUGCUGCUUGGAGUGUUUUGUUUAAACUGUGAUAGCACGUGUGGGCAAUGUUUGUAUUUGAUAUGAGAUCGACGUGAAGGGGGGGGGUGGGUGUUUCCCUUAGCGUAUCUGUUUACACAAUUUCUACUCAAUGCUAUGCAUUCAUAUAUAUGAUGUCUAGUAACUGUGUUAUGAAGUGGAUAAGUGUGUUCUGUGUUGAUUGUUAUUGACGAGCUUUGGGAAAUGACGUAUAUUUAUUAAUAUUGCUGCAAUAUUGUCUCAUAUUUAUUGUUUUGGCGUGGCUGCUGCUUGAAGUGCAUUGUUUCUUUAACAUUUCUUUGAACCAGCUCACAGCAAACUCACAUGAUUUGGUUGGUGCUUUUUUCAUUGUUUCGUUCUAGAGAUGGUGGUGUAUUUUGUGCCUACUCAUGCCAGACUGUAGCGUAAUGUGUGCCUUAAACUGCCUUAAAUGACUAACACGCGUAUUAUUCAAUAUUUUAUCUCACACUCUCCUCUUCAUACUCAUGCUGUGUGCAGUCUUCCUGCCAAACAUGCUAUACAGUCUAACCUCGAUAUAAUGGCCAUGGAUAUAAUGAAUUAUCGGAUAUAACAAAAUAACACUAAAAUGUUUCAUACCAAUGUCAGCGUGUAAUGAAUAUAUGCCUAUAAAUUCAUAUCGGAUUUAAUGAAGCUAUUUUUAUAAGGUGCAAGUUUGUUAUAAUGAGGCUUAACUGUAUCUGAAAAUGCUGAACUGCACAAGAAAGUUGCAUUCAGUUUGUGUUAUUACAAUUAUUUAAGCGGUGUCUUUGUCAGCAGCACAUUAAAGUCUGUUGGCUAAGGCAAUUUACUACUUCUUCAUAAACAAGAAAUUCCAGUGAGAUGUAACUCUCAGGCAUGCUUGAAAAGAAAUGAGUGUGAGACUGCUUAGUUGCCAUGCCAUGCCAAAUUGUUCUACAAUUAAUUAUUGAAACAUGCUGAAUACUCAUUCACACUUUAAUGUGUUGCAAGAGCUUAACCUCGUGUUCACUAUCUACAGGCAUGUCCAAUCAUCUUGCCUUCAUACAUUUGUUUCUGUGUUAAUGUGGUGAAAUGGAUAGCACUAUGUACACCUUGCUAUUUUACUCUUGUUUUGUGAUGGGGACCAUGUGACUAUCCUAAUAAAUCUGUUAUUUAUGGUCAA